AAACGAGUCUGGAGAAUCCCAAGAAGUGCCAUUUAGAAUUGUGAACGGAUAUUUGAUUUAAAACCAAAGAAGGCAACGUAAAAGCUGCAGAAAAUUCUUUUUUACAUUAAAGAGGAAGAAGGAGGCAAAAAAGUUAAGCUCCAAGCAACCUGAGAAAUAAUCGAAUUAUAUAUUUUUAUUGAAGAAUUAUACGUACCUAACUCAAUUAAAAAAUAAUUACAGAGUUAGAAGCACUCGUACUCAUACAUACAUAUACACAAAUAGGAGGUGACAUUUAUAUAUGUAUAUUCACAUACACGCACGCACUGCACCGGAAAUUAAUUUGUUACAAAAAAUUGAUCGCUAAAGCCGAGCAGCAGUAUUUGCAGCCGCUAAUUUAAAAUAAAAUAAAACUAAAUUAAGAGCAACUUUCGAACGGGUCGGACUUACCAUAAUUUUAGAAAGUAGUAUUGAAUACUAAAAACAUACAUAUUUUUUUAACGAAAUUCAUACAAAACACGAAUUUAACUAUAUAAAAUUUGUAUGAAUCGAUUAAAUUAGAGAGUAAAAAUGGCAGAUAGAUAUACAAAAACGACCUCUAGCAGCGUGUUAGAUGGAAAGAAUGACAAAAAGGGUGCUACACACACACCAGCGUCGUCCCAGUUGCCCAAUGACGCCGCUGGUAGUAGCGCCAACCACAAAAAUGUGCAAAUCCUUACAAAGCUUGCCAACAGUUUGAGCGAAAGCUACCAACUGGUCAAGCAACGCCAACAAAAAUACAACGAAUUGAGCUCCAAAAUGGGCGGCGUAGACGCGCCACAGCUCGUGAGCUAUAUCCAAGACUGUGAUGAUGCCGGCGCUGGCGAGUGGCAGGAAGUAAAGAAUAAGCUAAAGCGCAAGAAGAAGCUUUCCGCUUCACUCACCUCCGUCAACGAUUCGGUGAAUCAGGAGAAGCGCACCCGCAUCGAAGGCAUACAGCUGAACUGCCGCGGCAAGUUGCACAUCACCGAGCUGCCGGCACUAGUGCCGCAGUCAGCGACGCGCAGCUAUGUCAAUGUGGGCGUGGCACAACGCGCCGAACGCUGGGGUGGCGCAAAAUCGAAUGCGGCGGCCUCGAAUGCUGCUGCCGCACCGACAAUCAAACAGACAAACGCGUGCAAUACAGCGCAGGCACCAGCGCCAGUGACGGCAGCGACUGGUUUAGUCACUGCUGCCGGCGUGACCACCGCAGCGCCACCACCGCGUCUCAAGCGCAAACUGCAGGAAAAUGUGCAGACUAUACAAAAGCUGAAUGCGCUCACAGAGCAGCUAAGACUGGAGAUCAACGAGCUGAAGUCCAGCUUGACGACCGAACGAGGCGCAGUGCGCGUGUUGCGCGCACAAAAUGAGUCGGAGACUCGCAAAUGGAAGAAUGAGGUGAAGAGACUGCAAAAUGCUGUAGAGCUUUUGAAGAAGAACAACACAUUGCCGCUGGUCGGUGCGAAGAAGGCGACAGAUGCCGGCAGCGAGAACUUGCCAAAUGCUUCCACGACUGGCAAUGUAACCAGCUACGAAGUACAAAGACUGACAAAUGAAGUUAUUGCGCUGAAGGAAGCGAACAGAGCUUUAGAAGAGAAGAAAAUGAUCAAUUGCGACGCUGACAGACGUAAAGCAGCUGAUAUGCGCACAUUGAAAGACACUUAUGAAAUCCGAUUGACUCAAUUAACUAAAUCUGCCAAAACUGAAAUUUCACGUCUGCUGGAGGAAAUAAAAACCAAAGAACGUAAUAUUGGGCAACUUAGAAAGGAAUUACAAACACUACAGGCACGGCCAAAUAGCCAAGCUGAAGUGAAAAGCAGAAAUGCAACGACAAAUCAACAAACGACGAAUAAAACGACGAAACCAAAGAAAAAUAAUAACAACAAUAAGUCCAAAACAAAUACAAGAAACAAUAGAUCGAACGAAAUAAAUGCUUCCACCUCCGCUUUGACGAAAAAGACGGAGGAUAGCAGGGAUACAACAGACGGAGAGGCUCAACAUCCAAAUGAGGUAAGCGAAAGAAAACUACUUUUACUUUUACUUGU